GCCACGGGGCCACGAGGGCAGGGUAAGGCGACCGGGGCGAUACCCCUAACAGUGCUAAAUACUUCCAUCCCUCAGGGCUCGCGUUGGGGCACCCUUAUUUUAGCACCGACACACCGUUCCGACACGAUACACUCCCGCACCAACCAACACACACCGCACACGAGUCUUUAGUGAGCGGCACGCCGGAAGGAUUAACGAAUCGGAGCCCGCUUUAUGAGUUGACCACGCUGAGGGUGAGCGGACAGAAACCCCAGGAGGGCUCCGUCAUUCCCGCGGGAACGUGUCUUGGAGUGUUUGGAGCAUCCGGAGAGUUUGGAAUUUUUUGGAGUGUCACAUCAGACGAGGGUCAUGGCGUCCGACCAGGCUACCAGCCAACCGACCACGACUUCCACCAAUCAAAACCAUCACACAACGCCGCCCGCCCCGGCUCCCGCCAAUCAGAACCAACCCAGGACCACUCCUCGCGGCGAGACUGAUCCUACAUCAACGCCAGCGCCGGAGGGUGGAACCAGCGCGGGGACUGAGGCGGACCAAUCGGAGGCGAGGGAGGCGUCAGGCGUCAAGACCGGGACUUUGCUCGAGACGGGGACGACGAGCGUCGCCACGGGGACCGGCCCGGGCGUCGGACUCCUCGUUUGGGAGGGGUUGCAGGCCCAUGGAACGUGUCACAGGGAAGGCUCUGACGUGUUGUCAGAGCUGACUGAGGGCUGGACAGAGGUGGAGGUGGAGAGGAGGAGACGUGGCUCAAUAGGGGGUGGAGGUGGUGCUGGUGGUGGAUCAGAGGAUCAGAGAGAACAUGGAGGAGAUAGAGGUGGAGGAGGGGGUAGGAGAGGUUCUGGGGCAGGUGGAGGAGUUGAAGGUGGAGAACCGACGGGAGAAGACAGAAGGGGUGGGGAGGUUGGAGGCUCCACUGAGGAGGUGGAGGUGGGACAAGAUAUACGAUUUGGAUCAGCCGAGGGUGGAGGAGAAGGAGUAGUUGACGGAGGGGGUGGAGGAGGAGGUGGAGGUGGCGGUGGACCUGCAGACCAAACGACAGCAGAACCCUGGGGUGGAGUAGACCGAGGCUCCACUGAGAAGGUCGCGGAGCAGGGUGGGGGAUCCGAGACAGGACACCAAGGCCCCCACCCGGGCCCCAGGGAGGAAGAGGUGGUGCAGGGGGCCCCCCGGCAGACAGGCACCGGGUCCUGGGUGAAGAAGAAACUGCCCUUGGCCCCAACGUCCGGGGGGCGUGAGGUGGCGCGCCUCACCGCCCUCUCCAGGAGACACAGCGCGGUGGGAGACCUGAAGGGUCGCUGGCAGGGCUGGGAGUCGGCCCACAGCCACACCCAGAAGCUCAACCCCUUCAGCGCGGGCUUCGACCCCCAGUACUCCAUGUCGUUGAGGCUCCAGCCGGGCGAGGAGGGCUACGGCCGGCCGAAGGAGGGCACCAAGACGGCGGAGAGAGCCCAGCGUGCCGAGCGCCACAUCCACGGCGAGAUCGACGACCUGUGCCACGUGAUCCGCCGCAUGUCGCGGGAGGGCGACGAGGCGGACGGCCGGAGCUGCGUGACAUUCGGCGCGCUGUUCGAGCGCUACGUGCGCGUCUCCGACAAGGUGGUGGGGAUCCUGCUGCGGGCGCGCAAGCACGGAAAGGUGGCGUUCGACGGCGAGAUGCUGUGGAAGGGACAAGACGACGCGGUCGUCAUCACCCUGCUAGUGUGAUGGGGGA